CCUUGCGCCGCGGUGCCACUUGCCAGGACAGAGAAGUCGCAGCAGACAGCAGGGGUCCCAGAAGAAGCCGAAAAUGACUAAGACACAGGUAUCAUUUGAGGAUGUGGCUGUGGAUUUCACAUUGGAGGAAUGGCAGAUGCUUAACCCUACUCAAAAGAACUUAUACAGAGAUGUGAUGUUGGAGAACUAUAGCAAUCUUGUUUUCUUGGGGUAUCAGAUUAUCAAACCUACUGCAAUUUUCCAGCUGGAGCAAGGAGAAGACCCAUGUAUGAUAGAUGAAGAAAUGCUAAUUCACAACCUUUCAGAAGUCUGGCUAGAUAUUCACAAUAUGAGGCACCAGAAUAAUCAAGACAAGCCUAAAAGUAUGGAGAGAUGCCAUGAAUAUGAUGUUUUGGGGAAAAUAUUUCAUUCAAGCAUAAACUUUGUUCACCUAGGAAUGAGACCUCAAGAAUGUGACACAGGUGAAAAAGGUGCAAAACAUCCUUUUGAUUUAAUGAUUUCAAAAAGUCACUGUAGAAGAAUGCAAUUUGAUGAGUUUAAUAAGAAGGUCCUAUUCCAUAUCAAACCUGACAGAGUUCAUGGUGGAAUAAAGUACUGUGACUGCAGUAAAUGUAGACAAGCCAGUGGUAAAGAGUCAUGGCUCAUUGCAAAUCAUGUAACAAAUGGAGGAGUGUAUUUAUGCACAGACUGUGGCAAAGUUUUUAAUAAGAGGUCACAACUAAUUACACAUCAGAGAACACACACAGGAGAGAAACCCUAUCGAUGCUGUGAAUGUGGAAAAGCCUUCUCGCAGAAGUCAUUGCUCACCUUACAUCAAAGGACUCAUUCAGGAGAAAAACCAUAUGGAUGUGGUGAAUGUCAGAAAGUUUUCAGUAGGAGGUCAUUGCUCAUUUUACAUCAGAGAACUCAUACAGGAGAGAAACCUUAUGAAUGCAGUGAAUGUGGAAAAGCUUUCAGCAGGAAAUCACAGCUAAAAAGACAUCAAAUCACCCAUACAAUAGAGAAACCUUAUGGAUGCAGUGAUUGUGGGAAAACUUUCUCCCAGAAAUUAAAGCUGAAUACUCAUCAGAGAAUUCAUACUGGAGAGAAACCCUAUAAAUGCAGUGAGUGUGGGAAAGCCUUCUUUUGGAAGUCCCAGCUCAUUACUCAUCAGAGGACUCAUACAGGGAAGAAACCCUAUGCUUGUAGUGAGUGUAAGAAAGCCUUCAGCAGGAAUUCACUACUCAUUAGACAUCAGAGGAUUCAUACAGGAGAAAAACCGUAUGGAUGCAGUGAAUGUGGGGAAGCCUUCAUCAGAAAGCCACAGCUCGUAAAACACCAGAUAACUCAUACAGGAGAGAAGAAUUAUCCAUGUAGUGAUUGUGAAGAGGCCUUCUUUAAGAAAUCAGAACUAAUUAGACAUCAAAAAAUCCAUUUAGGAGAGAAACCCUAUGGGUGUGCUGAGUGUGGAAAAACUUUCUUUGGGAAAUCAAAGCUCCUAACCCAUCAGAGAACGCAUACUGGAGAAAAACCAUAUGAAUGUAUUCAAUGUAGAAAAGCCUUCACUCAGAAGUCAAGCCUCAUAUCACAUCAGAGGACCCAUACAGGGGAGAAACCCUAUGAGUGCCCUGAAUGCAGGAAAACUUUCAGUGAGAAGUCAAGUCUCAUUCAUCAUCAGAGGACCCACACAGGAGAAAAACCCUUUGAAUGUGGUGAAUGUAGGAAGGCUUUUGCCUGGAAGCCACAGCUCAUUAGGCAUCAGAGAAUUCAUACGGGAGAGAAACCCUAUGAAUGCAGUGAAUGUGGCAAAGCAUUUGUUCAAAAAGUGCAACUUAUUAAGCAUCAGAGAAAUCACACAGGAGAGAAAACCUAUGGAUGCGGUGAUUGUGGGAAAUCUUUUUUUGAGAAGGCACAGCUCUUUAUACAUCAGAGAAUUCAUACGGGGGAGAGGCCCUAUGAAUGUGAUGACUGUGCAAAAUCUUUCACUAGAAAGUCACACCUCAUGAGGCAUCAGAGAAUCCAUACAGGAGAAAAUUAUGGAUGCAGUGAAUGUGGGACAAACUUCAACAGGAAGUCACAACUCAUGACACAUCAGGAAAAUUAUAUAAUGUAGUAACUAUAUGAGAGCAGUGGAUGUGGAAAAACUGUUCUCCACUGUUGUAGCUUAUAACACUUCUGAGAAGAAUGUUUCUUAAUAUAGAAGAAAAGCAUCCAUGCAAUGAUUGUGGAGAAAGCUUUUGUGGGAAAGUCAGGGUAGUAUUUGCAAAAAAAUAGAAAAUGUGGAAACACCUGUCAUAAAUUAGCAGCUCAUUACGCAAGAGAAGAUUCAUCAAUAUGAAAGUACAAAGCUUUCUGUCAGUAAUCAUAGCGCAUUAGAUAAGUGAGGACCUAAAAGAGAGACAAACCAUUGUCCUAACAAGUGAGUAAAAAGCUGUAUUAAGAAAUGACAACUCACUAUAUACCAGAGAAUACUUAAAACCUGUUGCCACUGAGUCAAUUCUGACUUACAGCAAACUUAUAGGACAGAGUAGAACUACCCACUGGGUUUCUAAGACUGCAAUUUUUUUUAACACUGUAUUCUCUCUUUUAUUUUGUGCAUAAAACGGUUUAAUUUCCAACUAGGGUCACAGUCAUUUCAAAUCCUACGUUUUGAUGUUUUGAGCAAGGAUAGAUAAGGUGAGUUAUUAAACAUAUACAGUUUACAUUCCAGAGGAGGAAAAGAUUACAUUCUUUAUGGAAGCAGACCACCACAUCUUUCUCCCAUGGAGCAACUUUCUGGCUCAUUGUCAAGCACCCAAACAAUACAGGAAAUGCUGAAUGUUGUAUUAUUCAAGAUUUCAUGCUGAAAAGUACUCAGUAUUUUUUAAAGUAAUUUUCCAAAUUCGAUGAAAUAAAUAAUCCUAUUGAAAUAUUAAAAUAAUUCUAUAAGGGCAUUUGAUCACAGUAUGUAAAUUAGUACAAAAAUAAACCAUUCUAAAUGAUACCCUCUUUACGGUGAAGACUUCUGUAAGCCAAGAUGAAAUAACAAAGACCUUUCCUCUCCUGCCCUAAAAAGGUAGAAACUAUACAAUAAAGAUGAAAUUGUGGUUUCUAGAUGUGUCACAAGCACAAGUCUGUGAUUACUGAAAGAGGGAAAUAAGGUGAGGUGAUUUUACAGUUGUCCAAGCUAAAUGCCUGGUGGCAGUUUUUAGGCUGCAGUUCAGGGAGAGGAACAAACAGUCUUGCUGAAUUUAGAAGACUCAAGUGGUGCAAGGAAUCUAGCAUUUGCAGUGACGAUUACUGGAAAGAUGGAGCAUCCCAGAGAUAGAGACAGCUCCAGAAAUCAGCAAAGAAUCCCCUUUAAUACUUUGGCUGAGUACCAAUUUUCGCACCUGUGCAAGGUAACUUCCAGAGGCCAGGAAAAGAACUACAACAAAGUGCAGUCUGAACGGUUCUGGUUGUGCAUAGAGGGCUGGGAGUAGUUCAAACACUGAACAAACGCUGAUCCCUAGUUUCACUUUCUGCCUUUUUCAUAAGAACAAAAAUCGUUUUUAAGUCUUGUGGUGAGCAAAAACAGGUACUAAUUUAGAUCCUUCAUAAAAGCAAAGUGGCAUAAAGUAACCUUUAAAAAAGCAGGGAUAUGUGCAUGUGCAGUAAAGGAUCUCUGUACAGUGGUUUGUCUGUUGGGCUGCUAAGCAAAAGGUUGGUGGUUGGAUACCAGCUUUUUCAUGGGGAAAAUGAGGCAGUCUGGUUUGAUGAAGAUUGACAGCUUAUGGGGGUAGUCCUCUCUGCCCUGUAGGGUUCUACGAGUCAGAAUGGAUCCAGUGGAAGUGGAUCUGGUUUGGGUUUACAGUGAACUUAAAACAGUAAAUGUGAACAGUAAAAAUAGAAACUAUUCACCUGAUGCUUAGAUUUUAAAAAGAUUUAGAGAGAGAGUGGAGUUAUCCACAUAAUUGGGGCUCCCUGUAGCAGAAGAGUGAGAAGGGAGCAGAAAAAUAUUUGAAUAAAUAAUGACUGGAUAGAGGCAGUGCUGGUGCAUGGCACCCCAUCAGACUUGACUGGAAAGCACACGUGAAGGAAAACA